AUGUUCUCCGCAAUAUCAUGGUCGCUCUCCCUGGGGUUGGCACUGCAAGCUGCCGCAGCUCCACCAUUUCGAAACGACCUCAAUGAACACCAGCCCCGCAACAUAUCAGCAGCAGAUUUAAAAUAUACCCUGCCAUUAUCACCUGGAAAUACCGCGGAGCGGGCAAAUUCCAUUCACGUCAAACGGGAUACUUUUGUGUACGGACCCGGAAUUUGUGGGGAUGUCCCAUUUUGGCCAACUGGAACACUAGGAAACUCAACCACCCAAACGGAUUUUGAAAAGUUUACGGCUGAGGGGGUGCCGGUAAAAACUGCUGUCUUCUCAGACCAAGAUAUAGCCUUAACAGCUAUCACAGCUGCUGGAGGUAUUAAGCAGCUUUCUGACUAUGAACUCCUAUAUCAGGAUCAAUGGAAAAAAAGCAUCCCAGAUGGUGUGGAUCUAGGGGUUCUAUCUAACUACACUGAUGACUUGCUUUUCUCCAUGGAAAGGUUGUCAAUCAACCCAUAUUCAACCAAACGUCUAAAUCCGUCAGACACACUUCCCUUCCCUGUUGAGGAUAAUAUUGCGACUGCUAUCACAGGUGCAACUGUCGAAUUGCUUCUGAAAUCCGGACGCCUUUUCUAUGCCGACCACAGCAAUCAGAAAACACUGGAGAGUACGGGAAGAUAUGCAGCGGCCUGCGACGCAUAUUUUUAUAUUCAUCCCACCAGUGGAGACUUUCUUCCCCUAGCUGUGAGAACAAAUGUUGGCAGCAACUUAGUAUACACGCCUACAGACUCUGCCAACGAUUGGUUGUUGGCGAAAAUGAUGUUCAAUUUGAAUGACUUCUGGCAUUCGCAAUGGUAUCAUUUAUCUGCUACGCACAAUGUCGCGGAGAUCGUUUUUGAAGCAGCAUAUCGAACAUUGAGUGACGAGCAUCCUGUGAUGGCGAUCCUACAAAGACUGACUCCUGAGCUUUUCUCUUACCGCCAGUCAGCAAUUAGCGUACUAGUCAACAAGGGGGGUUUUAUUGAUAGGCUGUUUGCCUUCAGUGGAGCUGCAGCAAUAAAGACUACCUCGGACAUGUAUACGUCAGGAUUCGCAGGUAAUUUCCAGGCCAACUAUUUUUAUCCCAAUCUCAGAAGCAGGGGUCUUUUGGACAGUACCUUCGGCCCAGAGAUCAAGGCUUUUCCCUUCCUCGAGGACGCAUCUGUGAUCCACACCGCAAUCAAAGAUUUUAUGACGGCGUUCGUGGAUUCAACCUACCCAGACCCAUCUGUUUUCACCCAGGACAAAGAACUGCAAGCAUGGAUUGUGGAGGCCGUCGCGGCCAAGGUCAUGGAUUUUCCAACAUCAAUUGACCGCACCACCCUCAUCGAUAUUCUUACACACUUCGCCUUCUUGGUAAGUGCAGAGCACCAAACGCUCAAUACGAAUGACCUUGCGGAAGCAUCGGGCUCAUUACCCUUCCACCCCUUCGCGCUAUACCAGCCAAUACCGACGGCCAAGGGAGUUACUGAUCUGGUACCUUUUUUGCCGAACGCAAGCCAAGCAGUUUCUCAGAUCGUUCUGACUGCUCUAUUUGCUCGUCCGGAGUGGGUCAAAUCAGAUCGGUCUCUGACCCAGAUGUUCAACGACCCCGCCAUGUUGAGGGGGAUGAACAAGAAAACUGCAGAAGCAGCUGCGAAGUUUCAGACAACACUGAUGCGAUUCAGUGAUGUGGUUAGCUCAAGGGGCUUUGAUGCCGAGGGGCUCUGUCAGGGCAUGCCGUUUAUCUGGAGAACUCUUGAUCCCCAGCGAGCUCCAUACUUCCUUACUAUUUGA